UCUGCUCUCUCAGCUACAGCCCACCUCUCUCUGCAGAUUCAAAUCCCCUCUCCCGCCCAAAUCACGCCGCGCUGUGCAUGGCUUCGAACCCCAAAUGUGUCAGCAGCUCGCAAUUCGUGAAAAACGUCUCUCCAGUCCAGCUGUUGAUGACGACUAACUUAGCUUGAUAGGUGGUCAGGGAAUUCCUAGUUAGGCCACGUGUGAUUAGCCGGGACGCCAUGAAAGGAGGCGGCUGGAGCAAAGGGACGCGCGGAAUGCGAGGGAUGGAUCAGCAGCACCAGUACCAGCAGCACGUGGCUAAUAUGCCAACCGGACGAGCGCCGUAUGAAUCGAUGGACAUGCCUAACAUGGGAAUGGAGAGUCGCGAUUACGGGCAGGAGGCAGCGGCAUGGGUGGAUGAGAACGGUAACGAGGAGUGCGGUCCGGUCGCGGUGAAGAAGAGCCGCGUUUCAUCCAACAUGGGGAGCUCCACGUGGGAGAUGAACCGGCAGGAGAUAAAACGCAGCCGUACGGGCGAGGAGACUCCGUACGACGGGCAAGGGCAAACCGCAAUUCCCGAUCUGCAGAGCCGGUCGAAGCCGGAAGUGAAGCGGGAGAGCGGGUUUUACGACAGCGGCGCAUGGAGCAACGGCGUGCUGAGCGACAGGAACCCUAACUUCGCGAACGGUGCGAACGUUGCAAACGUCGGUAACGGUCGCGACGUGGAGGUUAACGACGUAGAGGAGGGGGAGGAAGAGGAGGAGGCGGAGGAAGAGGAUGACCUGGCAGCCGAGCCGUUCCUGGACCACUCGUUAGAGUUCGCGCCGAACGUGCUGUCGUCUAUGGUCAAAGGCGACGCCGGCGACGCUGACGGUGAUCGCGCGAAUCUCGGCGGAAUCGACGACUGGGAGCAGGAGGAGAGGGAAAAGGCGAGGGAGUGGGAAAAGGAGAGGGCGUGGGGACGGGGGGGGAAGGAGGAGGAAGAGGAGGAGGAAGAGGCGGUACUGAGGGCGGUAGGGGGACCUGGACCGCUGCAUCGCGGACCGAAUCGCGACAGCUACAGCCCGAGAGACAGUCAGCGCUACAGUCAACGCUACAGUCAAAGGGAUAGUCGGAGCUACAGCCAAAGCUACAGCAACAGUCAGAGUCAGGGCGGCGACAAUUCGGGUCGCGGCUGCGCCGGCACGACCCCCAGCGCGCCGCCCGUUUCCGCCAUGAGCAGCGGCCCGCCCGCGCGCGCGGCUCCCGGCGCGCCCACCCGCGCGGCGCCGCAGCCGCAGCGGCCAGAGGCGGGCGGAAGCGGAAGCGCAAGCGCAAGGGGGGAACGGGAGGGCGCGGAGUCGCUGGGCGGUAGCAGCGCGGGUUGGAGCGGAGGGCGGUCGGCGGUGGGGCUGGGGCGGGAGAGCGCGCUGCGACUGAGCACAGUGAGGGAGGAGUCGGGCGCGACGAUGGAGUCACCGUCGCAGGCGUCGCAGAGGACGGAGCGUGGUGGUGGCGACACGCCUCUGUCCCCCCACACCCCCGCCACGCCCCACCGGUUCACUGCGCAUUCGCAACCGCCUGCUCCUGAGCCCAUUCUACUCGCAAGCGCGGAUGAGCGGUGGAGUGCAACGGUGGCGUAUGACGCGUGUGUGCGCAUGUGCAUGGAGGAAGCACCCAAGGGUUCGCCCCACGCGCACUUCUUUCUCAGCGAGUCUGCCUGUGGCUCACUGCGCACCUUCUUUGGCCUGCAGCCGCUGAUGCUGGUGCCUGUGAGUGUGCGCGCGGCAGCAGACGAAGGCAGCAACAGGCCGGCGGCAGGAGGAGGGGGAGGAGGGGGUGCGAGGGAUGGGGAUGAGAGGGAGCAGGGCGGCGUGUGCGCGUCCCCACUGGAGGGCUUUAAGAGCUCCCCUCUGUCACCGUAUGGCAACUCGUCGGCCCGCAAGAAGAAGGGAGGCAUUGGGACGCUCAAGCUGCAAGUGCGCAAGGUGCGCAUGGCAGGCAAGGGGGAGGAGGGGAGGGCGGCUGCCGGACAGAGGGAAGCAGAUUUCCAGGGGGGCGCGGGGGGGUCAGUGUCAGCAUCAGCGGGGGGGGCGGUGAGCAGCAUGAUGCGGCAGAUCAAGGGCGGCAUGGCGAAUCUAAGGGGCCUGGCGGCUGAAGCCACCACAGCUGCUCCAGAGGGCGUGCUAGUAACAGUGCGCUGCAGGUCAGAGGAGGCGAGUGAGGCACAGAGGGUCAACCCCAACACGCACCACUGCAUCAACCUUCCCGUGGAGAGUGAUCGCCAGGAGGUGGUGGUGGAGGUGCACGACCGCAGUGGGUGCAGGGGGCAGGCCACAGUGGCGGCUGCUGUGCUUAUGGACGAAGGGCACCCCUUCACCCACGUGUCGUUAUCGCAGCGCUGCCAUUGGGUGGCUGUGAGAGACACGUGUCAGCAGGAGGUGGCCCGCGUGCAGAUAGCCGUCUCGCUUGUGCAUUCUGCCAAGGACUACGGCACUCAGUGCCAUCCCAUAUCGGAGUCAGCAGCGUACGACUGGGUGCUCGCAGCAGCCAUGGCAGCACAGGGAUUUCACGCGCGCAACCUCCGCCUCUCCGGCCCCUGGGAGUGGCUCUGUGACCAAUUCGCUGUCUGCUAUGGCGUCUCCCCGCACUACACCAAGCUCAGGUACCUGACACGUGUGAUGGACGUGGCAACACCAACCGCUGACUGUCUCUGUCUCAUCCACCAGCUGCUGGCGCCCGUGCUGCAUGCACACGACACUGAUGGCAGCAGCGUGACCAAACAGGAGGCGCGCAUGCUAGCGGAUAUGGAGGAGCGGGUGGGAGACUUGCUGCAACUGACCUUUGAGAGCUACAAGUCCCUCAACGAGUCCGCGCCGUCAGGCAUCGUCGACUCUUCCCGCUCUGCCGCCCAUCUCUGUGCUUCGCUCGGGCGGUCGCUGGUGGGAGCAGAGGCAGCAGCGCUGGUGGCUCCUGCCAUUCCCCCUGCAGUGCAGCUGUUUGGGCUGCUGAAUGACCUUUUGCUGCCUGAAGUGCAGCAGCAGUUCUGUGGAUACCUGCAGACAGCAGCGCGGCGCCGCUGCAGGCAGCACCUGUCCGAGACAGACGAAUACGUGAACGGCACAUCCGCCCUCAUGGGUGCUGGCGGAAGCACUACUCACGGGCAGGGGGGGCAUGGGCAGGGGCAAGCGGGCAUGGGUUGCAGUCCAGGGGGGGGAAGGGGGAGAGGGGGAGUGGGGGGGGUUGGAGGAGGUGGGAUACGGUUUGUGGAUGGGAGGGACAUGGAGGGGCAGAGGGAGGCAUAUGUGAGCAUGCGGCUGGCGUGUGUGGCGAUGUGGCGCGAGGUGCAGGCGGAUAUCGGGAUCCACAACCAGCACAUCCUGCCCAGCUUCGUGGACCUCCCCGAGCUGACGGCUGGCGUGUACAUGGUGGAGCUGCAGAGGAGGGUCAACCAGUUCCUGCUGGCGGUGCCGCCUCAGCACCCGCUGCCACAUGUCAAGAAUCUGCUGCACGCCACUGCUGACGUGGAGGAUAGGCUGCUGCUGUGGGGCGUGGGCAAGGUGCCAGGGGGCUUAGACGCACGGGAGCUGUUCGGGGUGUAUGUGGAGGCGUGGAUCAGAGAGCGCACUCACACCCUCAUGGAUGUCUGCCGAGCUCCCAAGUGGGCGGUGCUAGCCCCCAUGUCGGACCGCAAUGCCACGUCACCGUUUAUGGAGGAGGUGUAUGGCGCCGUGAACAGCCUGCUGGACGAGCUGGACUCCGUGCUGGGCAGAUGGCCCCAGUACACCCUUCUUGUGGAGGAGGCCGUAUGCGAUGUGGAGCGAGCCGCCAUCUCGUCCCUCGCGUCUCACUUCCAGAACUUCCUCCUCCUCCUCAACACCCCCUCCUCCUCCUCCGCCUCCUCCACCUCCACCAAGAAGAAGAUUCUCAGCAUGCUUUCGCGCCGCCGCCCCACCCUCGCAUAUCAAGUGCCUAUAGAGCUGGGCGUGUAUCUCAACACCAUCAAGCGAAUGCUGGAAACGCUCCGCCCAACAGUGGAGCUGCGGAUGCGCAAGUGGGUGGCCAACACCCCUCCUGCGUCCCUCAUCCGCCCCCCCCAGCGCAACUCCGCCCCUCCCAAGCGGCCCUCAGGGGGGGGCACCGCUGCUGCUGCCGCCGCUGCUGCCGCCAUGCUAGGCGCUGCGGCUAAGAAGGUGGCUGCUGCUGCUGCUGGGGGAGGGGGAGGGGGAGGCGGAGGGGGCGGGGGAGGGGGAGGAGCAGGCGCAGGAGGACAGGGGGGGAUGGGCGGAGGAGGGCUGGGGGGAGGCGCUGGUGGGGGGAAUGCCUGGGCGGAGGCAGCAGGGGGUAGGGGGAGAGGGCAGGGAGGGGGAAUGGAGGAGGCAGGGGGGAUGGGGGGAGCAGGGGGAACAGGGGGAGGAGGGGUGGCGGGGGGAAGGGAGGUGUUAUUCGGGGAGAUGUUGAGUGAGGUGACUGUGGAGCUAAGGACCACGUACAGGGCGACACUGCAGGGCGUGGUGGAGAAACUAUACGAGAAUGAGGUGCGCCCGCAGGCAGGCGACGACAUGACGUCUAAGCUGCAGCCGCUCUCUGCUCUUAUUGGAUCGUUGUUAGCUCAGGCGGAUGCAGUGUUGAGCAGCCGAGUGUUCAUGGGCACGGCGAGGGGUCUGUGGGACCGGCACGGGCGGGAGGUGCUGCACUUCCUGGAGAAAAGGCGGGAGGGGGUGUCGUGGUUCAAGAGCGCCUCCGCUGCUAUCACCCUCGAUACGUUGGACAACCUCUUUGCACAGCAGAUGCAGCGGCUGCAGGGCCACGCCCUCAUGGAAAGGGAUUUGGAGCCGCCACGCGCCAUCUGUGACGCGCGCGGGGUGCUGUCGAAGGGGGGCGCGCCUGCUACCACUGCCAGGGUGCACGACUCGCUGUCUCUCUACUAACUUGGAGGCGCCCCACUGUCACCUUGAGCCAUCUGUGAUGCGCGCAGGGUGCUGUCUAAGGGGGGCGCCCCCGCCACGACUGCAAGGGUGCACGACUCGCUAUCUCUACUAACUGUUGAGGUCAAUUGAGAGUCAUUUGCCAUGCCCUCAUAGUGUGAGAUCUGGAGCUGCCUUGAGCCGUUUGCGAUGCGUUGAGGUGCUGUUUAAAGGGGGCGUCCUUGCCAUGACUCCCAGCCAGCGUGUAUGACUCGCUCUCUCUAUACUAACUGUGAAGUUCAUUAGUCCGUCAUUUGCCCCAGGCUCGGGAAGGGAUCUGGAGCCUCCUCGAGCCUAGAGCAGGGUCCUAGAGGAGGCCACCUACCACCUCUGUGAUGGCCGUGCAGUGUCGUUAGAGGGGGUGUGUGUCAACUUACAUUCUAUAUAUAUAGUUGUGUAGGCUUGGUAGGUGUUGGAUGUUCUACAAAUGACUGGAUCAUACUGUAGUGGGUACAAUCCACUUCUUGUAC